AUGGCGGAACUAGACUUAAUAGGAAUACCGUUUCUAUCAAGAAAUCAAUCGGAAGCGCUAGCUCCGUUCUACAAAAAUUUGCAGCGGAUAUGCGCUGAAGGUCCAAGGUUCGGCGAUAUGUUGAAGGGCACCAAUAUUUUUACCAAAGAGGUUGUAGCUAUCAAGAUUUUGAACAUUCCGGAUAACCAGAAAAUUUAUGGAGUUCCACACAGAAUUUUAAAUCACGUCUCUAUCCUCAAAAUGUUAUCCCAUCCCAAUAUUGUCCGUUUGCUGAAAGUGAUGGAAACUGUAGAUGAUGUGUUUCUUGUUUUUGAGUAUUUUGACAUUAGUCUUAAAAGAUACUUGGCUGCCAAUUACUUGCUUUUCGACAUUAAAGGCCAGGAAAAAAUUUUUCUACGUCAAGCUCUUACUGGAUUGGCAUACUGUCAUUCUCACAAAAUUCUACACAGAGAUCUCAAACCUAAUAAUCUUCUCGUUUCAUUCACUAGUUCUCUACGUGUUAAUCAAGUCAAGCUAUGUGACUUUGAUGUGGCAAAAAUUAUUGAACCUCCUCUUUCACCCUACUCUGAGAGGAAGAUGGGGAAUCCUUGUUAUAAAGCACCUGAACUUUUGAUGGGUUCUACCCGUUACUCAACUGCAGUUGAUAUCUGGUCCAUGGGCUGCAUAUUUGCUGAGAUGAUUAAGCUCAAACCUCUGUUCGUUGGUAGAGACGAAACUGAGAUCUUGACUCAGAUAUUUUGUUUGCUUGGCACGCCAACAGAAGAAUCCUGGCCUGGCGUGACUUCUAUAAGCACCUUUGUUGAACAACAUGAUCCUUCAAUGUUGCCAAAGGACCUUGCUCAAGUGUUCCCAAAGUUCGAUCCUGUUGGUGUUGAUCUUCUUUCGAAAAUGCUUUGCCUGUGCCCAAAUGGCAGGAUUUCAGCUGAUGAAGCUCUUAAGCAUCCAUAUCUUAAAAUCAGCCCAUGA